AUGAGCAGCAAUGACUCGUUGCAUCCGCCUAAGAUAAUUACGGCAUUAUCACGACCUCCAGCCACAAUUGGUGCUCAUGGUGGAUCUACAUUGACUGCUUUUUCUUCAUCUCCAGCACCUUCAUCUGUCGGUGCGUCCUUCUCGCCAUACGCCAAAAGUCCUGCGCGUAACGCCAGACGCGUCGCUAUGGAAGGGAAGAGCUUGUUCACUUGCCACCAAUGUGGUGCACUACUCAAAUUCCAACAUAGUCCAGUGUCUAUUGAGGAGAAGAUCAUGAAGCUUCGACCGGUGGCCUACGAGCACCCGUCGGAGGUGUCCGAGCAACGAGACAGCAAGGUAGAAGACGAGGAAGACCAGAUGCCAAGACUUACAGAAAGAACGGACGCUGGAGAGGCUAUAGAUGCAGAUGAAGAGGAAGAAGUAUCACAUAUAGCAGCCAGGUCUUCACUAAGUCACACAGCAACAGUAGCAAAAAACGUCGGCUAUCGUCCCCGAGAUUGUGUGGGAACGACAACAAUUGCAGCUUACACGAGCUGCAAUCGUGGAGAUAUCGGACAAAACAUUGCAGAUGUGGUGCCGGCGCGACUACUGAACAAGCCGCACUUGUGGAUAUCGGACUGGGAGGUGGAUUACUCCAGCCCGCACUACGAUGAAGAUGGGUGGGUAUAUGCAUCCUUGCACGUAGAUUUUGUCAAGCUGGAGGAGCCUCAUGUGCAUCGAGAGGAGGCAGUGAAAGGUGGCGAGCUAAGUGGAACUGCCAAAAAGACUGAAAAGGCUGAUGCAAUGUCGCAAGAGCGUGUUGUUCGUCGAAGAUGUCUGAUGCGAAAGCGCCGCAUUGAUGGCAGUGAUCUCAGCUGGUUCCAGGAACUACUGGACUGCAGCACGGUUCUACACAAAAAGAGGUUGCCUACUUGUCAUGACUGUGAAACGAAGGUGCUGUCCCGAUUUACUCAAGUAUUGAACGAACUGGAGGAGGACCGAGCUCAAUACGAGGAUUUUAUGGCUCAAUUUGCAGACGAAGAGCGGGCAUCAGCACGAACAUUGAGCGACGACGGAGAUUACAAUGCCGAUGAGUGGCACCUUGACCCAGAGCUUUGCGCUUUGGAGGAGGAAGAGCGGCAACUAAAGGCUGAGUUAGAGGCCAUCGAGGAUGAAACUGUACAAGUGACAGCUAAGAGGCGUGAGCUUUGGUCAACUGGAAUAGAUCUCGAGCGUUUGGUUCAUGGCACGUUUGCUGAAGGAGCGUUCUUGCAGCAUUUAUUGGGUCUGAGUCGCGACGAGCGUCAAUCGGUGGGUGUAUUUGCAGUGCAUGCAUCAGAUAUGCUGCGCCGUCUCCAGCGCUACAACGUGUGCAACGAUGUCUUCCACAUCUGGCACGACGGUCUGUUCGGUACCAUUAAUGGACUGAGACUUGGCAGGUUACCGUCUAAACCGGUGGAGUGGGUCGAAAUUAACGCGGCAAUGGGCCAGGCAGUGUUGUUGCUGGCAACUAUCGCUGACCGUGCCGGGUUUGAAUUUUCACGUAAUCGUCUCGUGCCUCGGGGGAGCUUCUCCCGUGUAGUCAAUAUGUACGGAAAAGAGUACAGUCUGUACAGCGACGGUGGCAUGUUCCGACGUCGAGGCUUCAAUCAAGCUAUGAUUCUAUUUCUCGAGUGCGUGGAGGACGCAGGUCGUCGUGCCAUGAAAGAAGAGCCAUUGCUCAAGUUCCCGUACAAGGUGGAGCGCGGCAUAAUCGGUGGUCUGCCUAUUUCUCUUGGUAACGAUGAGCAGUGGACUCGAGCGCUCAAGUACAUGCUCACGCAUCUUAAAUGGCUCUUGGCUUGGAUUUCGAAGCGCUAUUGA